UCUCCCUCCUACCACCAAUAUCCACUCUGUCCUCCUCCUCCCUUCCUCUAUCAUGCGACCGCCUCCUCGUCCCUUGUAGCCGAUCACCUCCUCCUCCUCUUCCUCCUCCUCCUCCUCCGUCAUGGGCAACUGCUUCACCAAGGAGGACGCCGACUCCGCCUCACCCGAUGCCGCCGCUGCUGCCGAUUCAACCUCGGGCUCUGAUCCCAUUGACGCCGCCCCCAUCCAGAACGCUCCCAUCUCCACCGCCACCUGCACCUCGCCGCCCAAGCCGGCCGCCAUCGGCCCCGUGCUCGGCCGCCCGAUGGAGGACGUCGGCGCCACCUACUCCCUCGGCAAGGAGCUGGGGCGAGGCCAGUUCGGCGUCACCCAUCUCUGCACCCACAAGGCCACCGACGAGAAGCUGGCUUGCAAGACCAUCGCCAAGCGGAAGCUCGCCAACAAGGAAGACAUCGAGGACGUGAGGAGGGAGGUCCAGAUCAUGUACCACCUCGCGGGGCAGCCCAACAUCGUCGAGCUGAAGGGGGCCUACGAGGACAAGCAGUCGGUGCACCUCGUGAUGGAGCUGUGCGCCGGCGGGGAGCUCUUCGAUCGGGUCAUCGCGAGGGGCCACUACACGGAGCGGGCGGCGGCGUCGCUGCUGAGGACGAUCGUGGAGAUCGUGCACACGUGCCAUUCCAUGGGGGUGAUGCACAGAGACCUCAAGCCGGAGAAUUUCCUGCUGCUGAACAAGGACGAGGACGCGCCUCUCAAGGCCACCGACUUCGGGCUCUCGGUCUUCUUCAAGCAAGGUGAGGUAUUUAGAGACAUAGUUGGCAGUGCAUUUUACAUAGCACCUGAAGUCCUCAAGCGAGCAUAUGGGCCAGAAGCUGAUAUUUGGAGUAUAGGGGUGAUGCUCUACAUUUUCCUCUGUGGAGUUCCUCCAUUUUGGGCUGAAUCUGAACAAGGGAUCUUCAAUGCAAUUCUACAAGGACAGAUCGACUUCACAAGUGAUCCAUGGCCUAACAUUUCACCUGGUGCCAAGGAUCUUGUCAGAAAGAUGCUGAAGUUAGAUCCCAGACAGAGGCUAACAGCAUUCGAAGUUCUCAACCAUCCAUGGAUCAAAGAAGAUGGAGAAGCACCUGAUACGCCACUUGACAAUGCUGUUCUCAACAGACUGAAACAGUUCAGAGCAAUGAACCAGUUUAAGAAAGCUGCUUUAAGGGUAAUAGCAGGAUGCUUAUCAGAGGAGGAGAUCAGAGGCCUGAAGGAAAUGUUCAAGAAUAUGGAUUCUGACAAUAGUGGAACCAUAACUCUUGAAGAACUGAAACAAGGUCUUGCUAAGCAAGGAACAAAGCUAUCGGAGCAUGAAGUCAAACAGCUAAUGGAAGCUGCUGACGCAGAUGGGAAUGGAACUAUCGAUUAUGAGGAGUUCAUUACAGCAACGGUGCACAUGAACAGAAUGGAUAGAGAAGAGCAUCUAUAUACAGCAUUCCAGUACUUUGAUAAGGACAACAGUGGAUAUAUUACAAUGGAAGAACUUGAGCAAGCUCUGAAAGAGAAGGGGCUAUACGAUGAAAAGGAAAUCAAGGACAUAAUAUCUGAAGCCGAUGUGGAUAAUGAUGGAAGGAUAAAUUAUGAUGAGUUUGCGGCCAUGAUGAGAAAAGGGAACCCGGAGCCAAAUCCAAAGAAGAGAAGAGAUGUGGUUCUUUAACCAUAUACAGAGAAGAGGAAUGAGAGGAACAGUGUUGUAUCCAAUAUUUUGGCAUGCUGGAGAAAUCAUUCAUAAGAUUGUAAGCUAAUCAAGAGAGGACAAAAGAACCUGAACAGCUUCAUAGUGAAUUCUAUUCAUAAUCUUCAUGUACAAAAUCUUGC